UGCGUGAAUCGUGAUUACGAGUACGACGAGCUUUUGCACAAGGGAGACAAUCCUGACCACAUCUACUUCGUAUUUACCGAAAUAUCAGCAAUCGAUCUAAUUCAAGAUGUUUUACACCUGUGGUCCCAAUGAGGCUAUGGUGAUCUCAGGAUGUGGUCGCUCUCCUCCCCUGAUGAUUGCUGGUGGAAGAGUGUUUGUUAUUCCCUGCAUUCAGCAAAUCCAGCGGAUCUCUCUCAAUACUCUGACUCUGAAUGUAAAGAGUGAAAAGGUCUACACCAGGCAUGGAGUACCGAUCUCAGUGACUGGCAUUGCCCAGGUGAAGAUUCAGGGUCAGAAUAAAGAAAUGCUGGCUGCAGCCUGUCAGAUGUUCAUGGGGAAGUCUGAGACUGAGAUUGCUGAGAUUGCCCUGGAAACCCUUGAGGGACAUCAGAGAGCCAUUAUCGCCCACCUGACUGUGGAGGAGAUCUACCAGGACCGUAAAAAGUUCUCUGAGCAGGUGUUUAAGGUAGCUUCUUCUGACCUGGUCAACAUGGGGAUCGGUGUUGUCAGCUACACGCUCAAAGAUGUGCAUGACGAUCAGGAUUAUCUAAGCUCGCUGGGUAAAGCUCGUACUGCUCAGGUGCAAAAAGACGCUCGUAUCGGUGAAGCUCAGUUCAAGAGGGAUGCCGUCAUCAGGGAGGCUCACGCCAUGCAGGAGAAGGUCUCUGCUCAGUAUGUAAAUGAAAUUCAGAUGGCUAAAGCGCAAAGAGACUUUGAGCUGAAGAAAGCAUCCUAUGACUAUGAGAUCAACACCAAGAAGGCAGAGUCUGAAAUGGCCUAUCAGCUUCAGGUGGCCAAGACUAAGCAGCGUAUCGAGGAGGAGAAGAUGCAGGUUCAGGUUGUGGAGCGUACGCAGCAGAUCACUUUACAGGAGCAGGAGAUCACCCGCAGGGAGAAGGAACUGGAGGCCAAGGUCCGGAAACCAGCCGACGCUGAGAGAUACCGUAUUGAGAAGAUCGCUGAGGCAGAACGGCUUCAGUUGAUCAUGGAGGCAGAAGCUGAGGCAGAGUCCAUCAGAAUGAGGGGAGAGGCACAGGCCUUUGCGCUGGAGGCGAAGGGUCGGGCUGAAGCCGAGCAGAUGACCAAAAAGGCAGAAGCUUUUAAAGAGUACAAAGAGGGAGCCAUGGUGGACAUGCUGCUGGAAAAACUCCCGCUGAUGGCAGAAGAGAUCAGCAGGCCACUCUGUGCAGCUCAGAAGAUCACCAUGGUGUCCAGCGGUGGGUCAGAAGUGGGCGUUGCUAAGCUGACUGGAGAAAUUCUGGAAAUCAUGACUCGCCUGCCGAGCGCGGUGGAGAAAUUGACUGGAGUGAAAAUCUCACAGGUUACCUCACCUGCUGGUUUAACCCGAAUGGGCUAAUGGAGUCAGAUGAAGAAGGAAUCAAGUCUGAUCAGCUCUGAUUGUGGAUCUCAGCGCUUCCUGUGUGUGUGCGCAUGUGUGCAUGCCUGUGUUUGUACUGAACUUAGAACAUUGAGGUCAUGUUUUUUUUUUUUGUAAUCAACCAUUUGUAACAGUCAGUUUUUAUAUUCUAUUUUGUGAAUUUUAUGAUUUUAUCACAUUCUAUUAUAAUUUUAUACA